UCAGAAGUACUUGUCACUUCAAAAGUCAUGAUUUAAUUUUACUCUCAAAAUAAUUAAUAAAUUUCACAAAAUUAACGUAUACAAAAUUUAUUGUAAUACUAACGCUUUGGCCUAAAUAUGUCUGAAACACAUAGCACUUGUAGAAAUUAUGAUAUCACGCUGGAGAAAGAGGAAUCAGAAUUGGAGGUAAUUGUGGAGGAGAGCUUGAAACAUAUUGGAACACCUCCAAACUAUGACGAGCAAACUUUGAAUAGCAUUGUGGAUGCAAUUAUGCCGAAAAUUAAAAACAAGUUAGUGGGCUAUGAUGCGAUCGAGAUGGAGGUCCAGAAUAUCCGAAAAUCCCUGGACACAUAUAGUCAGCAAAUGGAAGCAGUGGAUGGGGACAUAGCUGAAAUAUUUUUGGACUUGCACAAUAUUUAUAGGAGGCUCGAAAGACUCGAUAAAAGUGGCAGGAAGUUAUGCAGCACGAAGAAAGCCAUUUUAUUAAGCCAUGUCAAGGAGUCUGAAGACUUGCUUAGCCGUUCGCGCCAUUUUCUAACCAACGAUCCCAAAGAGAUGAGUGCCCGUCUUGUUGGUCCACCAACGGAAGUCCCAUCGAUUCCCAAGGACACAGCCAACUUGGAGGGCAGCUCGACAGGAAGUAUUUAAACCGCCAAACAGCGAGUUGGGAUAAUCUUGUCUCUCGUAUCAACGUGGUAAUGAUUCAGAAACCGUACUAUUAACUCCACCUCAAUCUGUGCAAAACAUGCUUCAGACAGGUCAAGAAAAAAAUAUUUAUUAAA